AUGCGGCACCAGCCAGGCCAGCGCCAGCAGCAGCAGCCGGGCGGCCCGCGCCAUGGCGAGUCCGACAGGAGCCGCGGCGCCCGCCCAGGAAGGCGCCCGGCCCGGCCCCCCGGCACCGCCGGCCCGGCCCGCUCCCAGCAGCGCCGCCCGCCCCAGCAGCGCCCGCCCCGCGGCACCUCCCGGCCCGCCCCGCCCCGCAACUCGCCGGCCCCCGGCACCCCUGGCCCCGCCCCCAGCAGCGCCCGCCCCCGGCCCCGCUCCCAGAGCGCCCCGCCCGCGGCACCUCCCGGCCGGCCCUCGCCCCAGCACCGCCCCCCGCCCCCAGCAACCCCGGCCCCGCCCCCACAGCGCCCGCCCCGCGGCACCUCCGGCCCGCCCGCCCCAGCACGCCCGCCCCGCCCCCAGCAACUCCCGGCCCCGCCCCCAGCAGCGCCCGCCUCCGGCCCCGCCCGGCCCGCUCCACAAUCCCGGCCCCGCCCCAGCAACUCCGGCCCCCCGCCCGCCCGGCCCGUCCCAGCAGCGCCCCCCUCGGCACCUCCCGGUCCUGAGCAGUUUUCCUCGUGA